AUGAGGACCACGUCGUUCACUUUCGAGGUUUUGGUCCUACUCUUUCUAACUCUGAUUCCGUGGCCGGGACCCUCGGUCUUCAAGAUAACUUGCUCACGUGACAACUCAAAAAUCGUAAGGAAAGUCAUACAAAACAAGUGGUUACCGGUUUUGGAAAGAUUUCAGGUGAAAUUACCUUUAGAAUGUCCAUUUCACCCGGCACGCGACAUAUUCGCGCCGCAGCACGCUGCCAAGUUGCAGCACCGUCCCUCACAAUGGACUUGUGCCUUUUGCGGCAAAUCUUUUUACGAGGAGCGACACCUAGACACGCACUUCGACCAGCGACACAAGAACCAGAUUAACAAAGCAGAAGACGCAGUAUGUCUGGCAGACUACUGCGACAUAAUGCGCUGCCAAGUAUUGGUUGCGCACGGCCUACUCAACGGUGGAAGCGGGCCGAGUACUGAUGUAGAGUUAUGGCAGGACGCAGAGGCAGCUCGGAAAGCCCUGGCACCAGCAGCCACAAGGAGUGUUGCGCGUGUACCCACGAGACGGCGACAUCGAACCAGAUCUGCCCCUCCAGUGCCUCUAGCGGAUUGUCCUAAGACUGAUGCUGAAACUGACGAAUCUGAUGUUGAAGAGAAGAAAAGUGAAGAGAAUGAUGGCGACAACAAUCAAACAGCUGAACUAUGCGACGCUGAUACAGUCGAAUCAUCAUUACCUCCAGACAGCCGCCAGAAAAGGCUUGCAGAUUUGCAAGCUGAAAGAGCUGCUUGCGACCCGGCGCAUCUACAAGGCCUCAAGGUGCGCUGUGAAAAAGUAGUUCAUUCCUGUAUAGCGACGCUUCUUUUACACCUGACGCAACACCAAUUUACUGAACUAGAAGAGGAGAUGCAGCGCGCUGUGUGCUGGUAUCUUAGCUGUGACCGUUACUGGGAGGAUACGGCUCCAGCCACGCGAGCUUUCCCCUGGCCACUACUGCUGGCGCUGGCGACGGGACUCGCCCUGGCUCUUUGCAUGUGCUACUACAUUAUAUGGAUUGUGUUCGACUCCGAGGAAGGCAGUGUGGCGGGCAGUGGGUCCGUCUCUAUGACGACGCAUUCGUCGCCGGCGCGCGAGCGGCUCGCCCACGAGGACGGCUCGGAAGACGACCACGACGACCACUACAUCUACGUGACGUACCCGCCAGACCUCAAGCGCCGUCUGCUCGAGAGCUGCUACAAUAGAACAACCCGACUUUGA